AUGCGUUAUCGUCACGCAUGCUACAACUCUGCCAUGCGACAGAUUAACAAGGAUCAUGCACUAAGAGACUUUGCUGAUGUCUGGGAUGGCACAGACUUUAUCGAUGCCGUGAAGAAUGGACUCAUCAAGGAGUACGAUCCUGUUGUCAUGUUCUCCAUUGACGGGGCUCAGCUCUAUUGCAACAAAGGUUCUGACUGUUGGAUAUAUAUAUGGGUGAUCUUGGACCGAUCUCCUGAUCUUUGGUACAAGAAGAAAUAUGUACUACCUGGGGGCUUCAUACCAGGUCCUUCGAAGCCCAAGAAUCUCGAUUCAUUCAUAUUCCCGGGGAUGUAUCACUUGUCGGCGCUCCAGCGCGAAGGGAUUCCUGCCAUGGCCUCUAUAUUUGGUGGUGUUGGCCAUCAUGGGGCAUAUGGUUGCCGUCUUUAUUGCCCUCAGAAAGGACGCCACAAGCCUGGGGGCGCCCAGUACUACCCGGCAUGCUUGAAGCCUGUUGAUUCCGAUAUUGCCAGUUCAAAUCAUCCAAAUUAUGACCUGCGGACAAUGAUCGUCCCGACGGCAGAGGAAACCGAGAAAAGAUAUUUGUCGAAUCUGACCCAUGUCUCGGAAGCGCGCUCGGCGGCGGAGUACCGUGCACGGCGGCUCCAAACAGGUCUUUGCAAGCCUACAUUGUUGAGUGGGAUAGAUCCAAGACACCGGCUGCGCAUUCCCGCCCUGUUCCCUACAGAUCUUAUGCACCUCUGUGCCUUGAAUCUCACCGAACUGAUAGUGGGCUUGCUCCUGGGCUUGCUCCACGGCACACUUGAUUGCAGUGUCUCCGACAAUCGAGAUUCAUGGACCUUUUCUGUCUUGCGAGACCUACAGAUAUGGCAGGCACAUGGUAAAGCAGUGGCCGCUGCGACACCGUAUCUUCCUGGUAUCUUUGACCAGCCACCUCGCAAUCCUGCGGAGAAGAUCAACAGUGGGUACAAAGCGGUUGAAUAUAUGACUUGGAUCUAUGGCCUUGCUCCCACACUUCUUUACAGAACUCUGCCGUCAAUCUUCUGGCGGCACUUCUGCAAGUUGGUUGCGGGUAUCCGUCUGGUGCACCAGCGUCGUAUUUCUCAGAAGGAACUCAGACGAGCGCAUCGUCUGCUCAUUGAAUAUGCGGAGGACUUUGAGGUCCUAUAUUAUCAGCGCCGUACAAGUCGGCUUCAUUUCUGCCGCCAGAGCAUCCAUGCUCUGUCUCAUCUCGCUCGCCAAGUUACACGUUGCGGACCUCCAGGAUACACCACUCAAUACACAAUGGAGCGGAUGAUCGGUGAUCUCGGCAGUGAGCUAAAACAGCAUUCAAAUCCUUACGCGAACCUCUCACAACGUGGCGUGCGUCGAGCACAAGUGAAUGCUCUGAAGACGAUGCUGCCAGACCUCGAGCGCAAUGUCAAGGAAUUCCCGCGCGGGGCACACCCUGUUGGAGAUAACUUUGUACUCCUUCGGGCAAAGGAUUCAUGUGCUCGCCCUGUCCUCCCAUGUGAGGCUCUUGUCAUCAAAGGUUAUUUUCGUGAAGCUGGGGGUAUCUACCACACAGAGGGAGAGGGUGCGGAGGCGGCAUGGAUUCCCAUGGUACAACAAUGGGCCCGGCUAUGCUUGCCCAACGGACAAGCCAUACGAUCACUGUGGAAGGAGUCACUGAAGGCACUCAAUGAGGUGCAAAUAGCACGCAAUGUCAAGAUAACAUUUGGGGGUGUCACUCGCUUUGCAGAGGUAAGGUUCUUCUUCACAAUGCGCAUUCGAGGCGUGGAACAUGCCCUUGCGCUGGUUAGCUUAUACACACACCCUGAUCCCACAUUGCUCCAUGAGUCAUCCGGUACAGUCGCCUCUUGCAUCCAUCAAGGUGACGCAGCCCUCGCCGUGAUCCACGUCAAGUGCAUAAUAGCUGGCAUUGCAAUGGAGAGAUUUUUUGUAGUUGAGAAGCUCGGUCUCGAUGUCGCAUGCAUGAAUGGCAUAGUCGAGGAGACUGUUGAGGAGUAG